AUGGUAGUUCCAGUGGAAUUAUCCCCCGAGAAUGAGGAGUUCAUUCGUCUCUACAAAUUAAACCUCGUUCCCCUCAAGAUCGUUGUCGCAUCACUAACUUGGGUACUUCAUGACUACUUGGUAACAGUCCGAGACGAAGUCCGCUACAUAUGGACCCAGAAGCCAGGCUUCGCGAAAUUCAUGUUUUUUUGGAUGCGGUACUACACCAUUGUCCUGGUCAUCUUCGAUGCCCUGCAAAUCCAUUCAUUCGCCAUUCCUGGGGUGCCUAGCAAGACGGUGUGCGUAGGCAUAGACCCAGUGACGCGUCUCGUCGGUGGCAUCAGCCUGUGGUCCGUAGAAAUUGUCAUGCAGCUCCGGAUUUAUGCGCUCUUCAACCGGUCGAGGAAGGUCGCUCUCUUCAAUGGCAUCCUGUUCAUUUUAUCAAUAGGGUUUUUCAUCUGGAUCAUGAUCAUCAACGCCAUGAAUCGCUACAAGAUGAUCCAGCACGCCAUGCACCUUCCCCUCCCUGGCUGCCCUACGAUUAACGGCGGGACGCAGUGGGCUCAGUGGAUUCCCGCCACUAUCUUCGAAUUCGUCCUGUUCUCGUUCGUCAUUUAUAAGGCGAUUGUGUCUACGUCGGCUCGAAUAAGGCUGAACAAGCGGUUGUCGCUCACGGCUAUUCUCUUGAGCGAAAACACUGUCUAUUUCCUCGUCAUCGCUAUUUUGUUGAUCUUUAACAAUUUGAUGGUCAUUGGAGCAACGAAGAUUCCCUGGUUUGGUUUUGGACCCUUCCAUGGUGCCGUCGGGAUCCUCACUUGUCGGAUGUUAAUCCAUCUCCGCAAGUUCACGCUGACGAAUCUGGACGGAACGCUGGAGACGCAGACAUUUCCCUCCCUCAAAGGCCCACCAGAGUUCGCAGGGGGUAUGUUCGACCUCGGGGAGGAUUUGGACGCAGAUAUCGACGAUGAUGACCAAUCAAGCAUUCAGUCGGACACGACAGAAGAGGGAUCAAUUGAUAUUCCCCAGGACUUGGAGAGUACUGCUGAGAGCUCGGCUUUGCGCUCACAGUCGCUGGUCGCAAUUGGAGAGGCAGGACCGUCUCGGAUUGCUCAAGGGUAG